AUGCUGCUGAAGCCGCCAUCCAUUAAGGCACUCUGGAGGGUUUGGCGCGGCAUGGUGAAUCUCAGUCCCGUGAGGAGACUCUUCUGCAUCAUUGACGGAGUGGAUCGGUGCGAUGAGAGGAGUCUUGCUCCUUUUCUUCGAAAGCUCGAUGGCAUGUUCGUCCGACAGAACGAACGACAAGCCUCGCACAACGUUGACCACAAAAAGGAUCCACUUCAAAUUCCAUCAUCUGAGCGGACUGCCCGGUUUGCAAAGUCUACCCCGAGCCCCAGGUUGCGCAUGAUCAUACUGAGCCGCGACAAUUCGAGCUUCGUAAUCAACACGCUUCUUGCUUAUCCACGACUAGAACUGAAAGGGCACGGCACACAAGGUGGAGCACCAAACGAUCUAAAGUGUCACAUCGACAGCAAGGUAGACCAUACCACAAAGAGCUUCUCGGAAACUAAAGCUCUGAGCAAGGAGAAUACUGCUGCCAUAGUGGAAACACUCAGUCAUGGCCAGGACCAGACAUACGAAUGGGUCAAAUUCGCGGCUGAGAAGCUGAUGAGCAUAGCACCUGGUCAGUUGAGGGAAGUCGCUGCCAAAAUGCCCGUCAGUGUCGAUGACAUGUACGCGGAGGAACUGCUUGACGUUCCAUCUCGUCGGAAAGCUCACGUCUGCGCCAUCCUGAAAUGGGUCGCUCUGGCUGCAAAGCCUCUCUCGCCGCUUGAUUUUUCCAAGGCCGUCAAAUACUCGCUCGGCAAGUCCUUUUCUGUCAGGAUGCUCAGAAAAGCGCUGCACGACGUUCCGCGUUUGAUCGAAGGCAACGACAGAGAGGUGCACCUGGCGAGCUCGGCAGUGCAGGACUUCCUGCUCUCAGAGCAGAGUAUUUUGCGCCUGAACAAAAGACUGCGAGAGUUUGCGAACUUGAGCAAGAGCAGGCGGGUACGACUGAAGCCUACCGACAUCCUCAAGCCAGUGGAUGAGGCAUUCUUCGCAAAACAUCCUUUCCUGGAGUAUGCCAUGGUCCACUGGACGACACAUGCGAAGCAGGGUAACGCCAGGAAGACCGACUACAAGACCGACUUCUUCCGCGAUGACUCGCUGAGGCGCAAGCUGUGGUGGGAAAGCUACUGGAUAUCACUGCGACAGAAGUUUGCUUGGAAAUGGACCGCUCCAGGCCACUUCUCUCUCCUGCACCUUGCUGCAAUCUUCGAUAUCGUUCCGCUUGCUGCGUACGUCCAAGACCAGGGAUUUAUCCAGGAGCUGCUCAGUGCUGAAGACGAUCAGGGUGUGAAUCCUCUCAACUGGGCGGCGCAAAGGUCGAAUGCCGCCAUGGUAAAGUUCCUGUUUCAACGCGGCGCAUUCGACGACCGAGCUCCACGCGAAGUGGCGCGGACUGGAGAUGCUUCCAUCAUCAAGAUGCUUCUCGAUAACAGGAAGAGAAACUUGAACAGCCCGAAGUCGGCAAGUCCAAAGUCACCUUCGAAUCCGCUCUGGUCGAUCAAGAAUCCCACGCUCAGUUGCAUCUCCGACUGGUCCAAGAGUUCCGGAGGUGAUAACUCAGCGCCCAUGUCGCCAGAUGCUCAAGGGUACGGGAAGACGACAUCAGAAACCCCGCUGCACAUUGCAGCGACCUGCGGAAAUGAAGAAGCCGUCGAUGCUUUGCUUGCCGCCAGUGAGCUCUGUAACACGCCUACAGAAGGCGGCUGGACCUGUCUGCACAACGCUGCAUGGUUCGGCAGGGUGACAAUAGUGAGACGCCUCGUCGAUGCCGGAGCUGACUCCAGGCUGGGGACGAACGAAGGCAUGACGCCACUACACUGCGCCGUCAAGAAUAAGCAAGAGGCUGUCGUCGAAGACAUGUUCAACUCUGGCGCCGCCGAUGUAGAAGUGGUUAAUGGUUUCGGCUUCACUCCAUUUCACAUGCCUGCAAAGCCAAUGACACGGCCAUGA